GCAUGUCAGCACCGUUCCCAGUUUGCAGACCUCUCUCCUUCUUGCACCCGAAUUGUAGCAUGAAACCUCAAUGCUUAGCAUUUGGACGGAUUGAUUCGAAUACCAUCACACCCAACGCUGAUCAUGGCUCCAUUCGACGAAGACACAGAAAUGGUCGAUGCCCCUGUGCUCGGCAUGCAAAAGCUCGGAAUUCUGGACAAGGACAAAAUCUUCGAAGAUCUCGAACUUGAUGGUGACUGUCGGUUGAGAAUAGGAGUCGAUUUUGGUACCAAGUCCUCCUCGCUGUCCUAUGAUCGAGCGACUUUAUACACUCCUCUUGCACACUGCAAAGCUGCCGACAAAAUCUUGAAAGAUUACAAUGGCUCUCACCGCAUCGAGAGUGUUGCAGCGAUCCUCCAGAACAUCGAUGACCCACAGGAUACCGUGCUUGUUUUUGGCGCUGCAGCAAACGAAGAUCCGUCAGUAACCAGUCGGAAGCUCCUUGGAAAAAUUCAGAUGAUGAAGCUGGACAUCCUUUAUGAAGGCACUCAAGCUUUUCAAGAUCCGGUCAUAAUCAACAUGCUGGAAGACCUUCAGCAUCAGCACCGAGAAGUCCUGGACGCAAUCUGCAACGGCCCGACACAAGCGCCGUGUCGUGUUCAAGAUCCGCUUUCCGGACGAUACAACUUCCGCACGAUUCGCUCGAUUCGCUGCGUGUUUCGGGAGUUUUUGAGGUAUUUGUUACAAUCUGCCAAAGCUCAUUUUGCCUCAAGAAGUGAACUCCAGCCGGCCAUAACGGAAAUGAUCUUUGCGGAGAAAGCUGGCGUAGCUGUUUCCAUCCCCACGAUAUCAAGUUGCCACGACAGCACGAUGGACGAUCUGCGCGAGCUGUUGCACGGUGCCGGGUUUCCGAAGAGAACAUGUCUUCUGUCUGAAGCGAAAUCAGCGGCUUGGUUCAAUCUUUUGGAACAAGCGCAGGGUAUUGGGGCAGAUAUUCCGCACUUUGCCCGAGAACAAAUCUUGAUUGUCGCGGAUAUUGGAGGUGCCACGACUGAUGUUCCAUUCGUCGCACCGUGUAGGACGGGCGAAGAUGGAUCGGGUAUUAUGCUCGGAGAACUCAAUGACGGCGUCGGUCCUCUCAAUGGUUCCCAGAAGCUCAACGAGAUGUUCAAAGGUUGGCUCCGAGAGCGUUUCCCUGGCGGCGUCUUGCAGCUUGCGAAGGCAUUCCAAGGGAGUGAGCGGGAUCUGUUAGAAGCAUUCGCGGCUGGUUUCGAGGUGAAGAAGUGGAGUUUCCGCAAGUCGGACUGCCGAGUCGAGAUUCGACCGCAUUCAAAGGCUCCUCUUGUUUUGAGAGACUUCGAAGGAGAUGAUUUUGCCGCAGUUGAAGACAGGAUCAUUCUGCACUCGUCGGUCAUGGGGAAGUUCUUCGACGAAUGGCUGAGCGGCAUCAUUAAUAUGCUGGAAGAAUGCGUUAACAAAGUCAAGCAAGAGCUGGAGGAGUCCGUAUCUGUCGUGAUCGGUCUGACGGGCUGGGGAAGUUUGCCACCAUUUGUCUUGGAGGAGACCCAAAGCCAUUUUGGCGGAAGAAUCCCUGUACAAAUGAUGGAAACGAAGAGAACCUCUGCAGUAGCACAAGGUGGUUUUCUGCAGCUCACCAGUCAACCGGUCUUUGACGCGCAGACUGCUCGGGCCAGCUUCGACAUCCGCACGCCCGACAUUUACAAGCGUGUGAUUUGCGAAGGUGCAGAUUUGUCAGAUGGUCAUGGGCACAGUCUCAACGGCGAACUCUGCUUCAGAGACUCCGAAUUGCCUGUGCACUUGAUACUCGUUGUGUUGAGGGAUGAGCAGUAUGGUUCAAUGGAGACCGCCGGCCUGUUGAAGCUUAUGAUAUCCAGUCUAGAGCAGGGACAAUUUCAGCUUGAAAAACAUGCGGACGGAUCAUCGUACGUACGGACACAAUACCGUAUCCAGCUGCAGUCGGACGAAUUGAUGCCACGGUUGAUGCUGACGGUCCCAUAUGGAGGUCGUUUUCUCAAUGUGUCGGGAGGCGCUGGGCCGGACAUGAGUAACCACAUGGUCAUCAGAGAUCUAUACGAGCAUUUUGCGCACAAGGGAGACGAUGACGCGAGGACGAUCUGGAAUGAAACACAAGGCAAGCGGGCGAAUGGGACCAUGCAGUUCACGUGCUCGAUUGCGCAUGAUCAUUCAGCAUGGCAUCAACCGGAUAUCUUUGAGGAGGUCGAAAGUGACAUCACGGACAGAUGGUGAGCAGGUCUUGAGUGAAAGAUGGGUGCUGUCGGUCAUUGUACAGCUAGAGGACUCUGGAUGCUUGAAUGGCGAUCGAAAGUCGGUUAUCGUGGUUGUG